CGCCGCCCACCGCUGCAUGGGCAAGGCGAUCUCCCUUCUCUGGCCACCACGAGAGAGCGAGACCGAGGGCGAGAGGGGCGUGAUGGAGCUGAGGAAGCGCCCGAGGCCGCGGCGCGUCGACCCCGACUUCGUCUCGUCGCCGCCGCAGCCGCUGCCGCUGCCGCCGAGGAAGCGCGCGAGGAGGCAGGCCGCGCCGCCGGCUCCUCCUCCUCCUCCCCCUCCUGCACGCCAACCACCACCGGCACCGGCGGCGAGGAGGCGGGCGAAGUGCGCGCGGCUGAUCAUCCAGAGCCCCGUCGCUGGGCUUCAGCCGUCCGUGUGCGGCCCGUGCGAGGCGCCGCUCCGGGCAUGCAGGCUGCUGCGCGUCUCCUCCCUCUCUCGCCGUCGCCCUCCCUUCGACUGGUACGAGGCGGACAUGUGGACGGAGGUGGCCAAGUACCUGUUCGGCGUGGAGCUGGCGCGCCUCUCCUCCACCUGCCGCUGGUUCCGCCGCCUCCUCGCCGACGAGUCCAUCUGGCGCUACGCCUUCCUCCGCGACCUCUCGCUGCUCCCUUCCAGCGCCGACCGGUACCCUCCCCGCCCGCUCCACCGCUCCUGGCGUCUCCUCUACACCGCCGCCUUCAAUGGCGCCCAUUCGUUCUGGUUCCGCCGGAGCACGCGGCACCUUGGCGCGUACCGGAUUGGUGGGUUCUUGCUCGAGUCGCCGUACAUGCUCCUGACGGCGAUGCUGGCGGUGCCCCGGUGGUUGCCGCCGGAGGAGGACGGCCCGCAGAUCGCCAUCGAGAUGACCGGCGCGUGCAUGCUCCCCAAUGCGCGCCCUGGCAUCUGGAUCGCCGAUUUCCAUCUUGUGAGGUGCCCCAACUGCACCAUCAACAAGUGCGCAGGGGUCUUGCAGGUUAUGGAUGCACGGCACUGCGAGCUGUUCCUAGAGCAGGGCUUCUGGAAUGGCACCUGGGAGUACGAGGACCUGGGCGACCACUACAACGACGAGGAGACCCCCACCGCAGCCUGCGCCAUCUUCAACGCCAGUAUCCACGCUCAUGCGUCCAUUUCAAGUGUUCUCAGCUCCAAGUCCUGGGUUAGGAGAUGCGACGACCCACAGCCCAAGGCGCAUUGCCGCCGACACGCUGUUGCCCUCAACUCCAACCUCCUGUCCAACUCCAACCAGGGGCUGGUGUCAAGGUUCCAGGCGAUGAGAGACACGACCGGGAACGGGCAGAUAGUUUCUAUCCGGAUCACACAGCAGAUCUACUGAUUCAGGUGCCUGGUUCGUUUCUAGCGAUGGGUUCCUGCUCUGUUGUUCAAUGUGUUAAUACCUUGUUUGCUAUUAACAUUAGUGUCGUCAGGGAUAGUCAUGAGAGGGAAUACAGUUAUACUAUAGUAUGUUAAGGUUGCAACAUAUGUUUAGAGUUAAGUAGAGAACACCCAAGAGAAGCAGGCUUUGUUGUUUAUAUCAAGCUAUUGUUUCAUGUGGUAAUGUUGAAAAUUCGCACAAUUGUUUUAGCAAAACAUAGUACCAUGUUUAUGACAAUAA